AUGUUUCUUGAAAACGAAGAGGAAAUCUUAGAAUACUUUUUUGGAUUGCCUUCGGAAUCGAAAGAUGAUUCAAGUGAAAACAAUGAACCGUCUGCUGCUCCUUCCACAUCAGAUGAAAACGAUUCUUUUAUCAUCGUGAAUGAAGACCUGGAAGCGGAAUCUCCUGACGAAGAUGAUGACGAAUACACCGACGAUAUGGUUAUGCCCCCUGAAGAAGACGAGGACGCAAAUGACGAAAAUUGGGCCGAUGUAAAUAACUGGGAGGAGUUUGAUGAAGAGAGGCAUGAAAUACCCAGAUUUACUUUCAAAGAAAGAGCAAAAUUCAACUGUCCUGAUCAAACUAUCAACAACCCUUUGGAAUUGUUCAUGCUCUUUUUUACACACAAACUUUUCCAAACAAUUGCAGUUGAAACGAAUCGCUACACAGAGGAACAGAUAAGUAGGAAAAGGCCUCUGCAACAGUAUUCUAUAUGGCAAAACUGGCAAAAAAUCAGUGUGGAGGAAAUGAUGACCUUUCAUGGAACAAUAAUUAAUAUGGCUUUACACAGAAAUGAGAGAUCAAGGGACUUCUUUUCCAAGCAAUGGGUGGAUGAAAGCUCGUUUUUUCGGCAAAUCUUUAGGAGAGAUAUGUGGUUCCAGAUAUUCUGGGGUCUUCAUGUGUCUCCUCCAGCAACCCCUGGCAGUAGCUUCAUGGCAUCUUGGAGGUCUAAGGUAAAACAAGUUCAUGACUAUUUAUCUGAACGGUUCAUUCGUUAUUAUCAUCCUGGAUGCCAUCUAAGCGCCGACGAGUCCACAGUGCCAUUCAAGGGCAGGGCCGCAUUCAAGAUGUACGACAGCAAAAUCCAACAAAAUGGGGCAUCAGAAUAUAUGAUAUUGCUGAUGCGCUGA